UCGCAGCGCGGGAAGGCGCCGGCGCCGGUGGAGAGGCCGGAGGCGUCUGCCUUGUGUCUGUAGUGCUUUCCAACCGAACGUGUCCGGGGCUAGUGCUGGCCUUCCCCUGCUGGCGGGACACUGAUGGGUGGUUCAGCGAAGAGCCCGGAAAACGGCCAAGCGAUUGGUAAAUGAAAUGUCCACAAGAGUACUGGAAGGGUUUAGGGUUACGCCAGCAGUACCUGGCACACGUCGUUAGGGGUUGGAAAGAACUAAAAUGGGAAUCUAGACCCAACUGUGCAAGAAAAGUUCCUGAUAAUCCUGUCCCAUAUGUCUGUAUUGCCAUUCAAACUUUAUUUCCAUUUAUCUUAAAAAUAGGGACGUGAAAGUUUGUAACUGCACAAUAAAGCUGUGAGCACCUUCAAAAUUAACUUAAGACUUACACGGAAGUACAUACCUCCCUUGAAGGGUUUUAAUUCAGAGCGGUGGGUAUUGGGGUUAGUAAUCAUACAUAACAGGAGGCAAUGGAAGGCCUGUGACUCGCUGUUGAGGAGUCUGUUGAAAGCAGAAAAAACAAAUUUUCUCCUCCUGAACAUCUGGAAAAAAAUAAAAAUUGAGAAAUUGACCCCUGUGAGUGCUGAAAUCCUGAAGAAGCUGGUGACUGGACUCCUGUUAAGUAAAUUAACACUGGCUUCAGCACAGCAUGGUUUGAUAAAUCUUUUUUUCUUCCCCUAUGUGUCCAACUUGAGAUUUAAGAAGUCCCCUUCAUAUGAACGUGGAAUAGUUUUCCUCUGAAGUGGGAGAUCAGAUACCUUGGAGUUCUUAUGUGAGUUUGCACAAGGCCUGAGAUUCUUGAAAGAGCGUCAGCGACAGCAGUGUAGUACCAUGUGUCAGAAUGACUUUUUAUUCUCUGAAGUUGAUUGUACAGACAUCAGAAGAAAUCCAGCUGUAUCCAGUUCUGUGAAAUUAUUUCAGUACCUUAUGAGGAUUGCUCAGAUAAGAAGGUUUUUUCUUUCCGAGUAGACCUAGUGCAUGCUGCUGCCAUUGCCUUGAUAAUAUUAUGCUGAUGGAAUCAUGCCUACAGCUGAAGAGCAUUCAAGUUUGCUGAAGGUACCUCAGAACCAAGUUCUUCUUAAUACAGUGACCAUACAGGAUGAAAGAAGAAUGAUCUUCUGUUUUUCAAAUACUUGAGUUUGUUCUUUGUAACAACAUGGUUUACUGUGAAAAGUGAAAGAAGAAUCUCUCUGGAUGCUUUAAAGAUAGCUGGUAGGCAUAGCAAAAUGCUUGCUUUGAGGCAGGCUUGCUUGUUUACGCUGAGACAUUGCCAAGCUCGGACUCUGAGUAGUGAUCUGCUUUUGAGCCAGAUAAAUAGCUGCACCCAUGAAGAUGAAGUGUUCAACCUUGUUGGAAGGAACAAGGCCAGGCUUUCUGAAAAACAUGUGGGAAUUGCAUUGAACGUGCUGUGGCAAUUGCAAAAGAAGAGGCCACUUGUCUUAAGGACUAGUGACUAUAUAAGAAAUCAUUCCCAGUUUCUUACCCUUUGCAUUUUAGCAGAAAACAAGGUGGAACACAUGGAAGAUGAGGCCAUAGUGGACACCCUAUAUAGUAUUCUGAGGCUCAAUGUUGAAGACCACAGUUCUCUAGCAGAAGUGCUUGUUACAGAGGCAUGGAAAAGAUUAGAAAGGCUUAGUUUGCCAGCUCUGUCUAAAUUCGCACUGUGUUUAUACAAGCAACGCAGACAUUUCAGUCCUGUAACUGGCAAAGUAGCUCAUAUUGUGGACAUGAAACUGGAUUCUAUACAGGAUAUAAGGAUCUUGUCAGUUUUGAUGAUCAGCAUAUCUGAUGUUAUCUCGCAGCGUUUUCGAGAUCGAUUACUACACAAGGCCGGACAGCUCUUGGAAGAAAAGGAUGAAGUCCACUUCAACUAUGCCAAAAGAAUACUACGGUUUCUUCAAAAUAUUAAUCUGAGAUAUCAUCCAUUGCUAGAAAAAUGCAACAAGAUUUUCCUUAAAAGUGCCUCCCAUCUUGAUAUACACAGUAUAAGUCUUAUUCUUGGGCUGUACGAGCAGCUGGGUUUUGACAAUGCUGAAUUCCGCCUGCUUGCUAAACAAUUACUCUCUGAAACUAUAGAUGUUUAUUAUGAUCCUGAAACCUUUGCAAAAUUAUUUUUUAUCCUUGGGCCUAUGGCAGGAUCCAAGGUAAGAGAAAGGUUGCUAGUAACUGCAGUGCACAUGGCAGAAGAAUUUAGCAGUCACCAAGUAUUGGUAAUACUGAAAACGAUGCAGAAAAUGAAAUGCAGAAAUUCUCAUCUACUCAAAAAAAUGGCUUCUGUUCUGCACAAACACUUGGAUAGCUAUCAUGUAAUACAGUUGGUAAAGUUAACGCAGUACUUGGUGGUGUUGCGUUGCCACGAUCUGGAGCUGUUUGCCAAACUAAAAAUGUUAUUAUUAGGUUUUCUAAAAUCUAGUGUCAUACCUGCUGAUACUGCUGCAAUAAUUCGUGUUCUGGCCAUGCUUCCUUCCUUUCAAGUGGAGGAAGUCAUUAUAAACAAAGCAGCAGCAGUUCUGCCUCAAUGCAAGCUCCAUCAUUUGAAUUGUAUUGCUACCGCUCUUGUCAAAUGGAAUCAUUAUGAUCAGUUGCACUGGCAAAACAGUUCUGAGCUAUGUGUAAAGCUUCUGCAAAAACUAAAUGACUGUGGAUUUCAGAGGCUUCAGAAAGCCAACAACUUAAAUCUUCUGUUGGAAGAACUUACACAUGUGAAUGGAGAGUGGUUUGAAGAAGUCCUCAGUGAGGAAACUGUGGCCAUGUGUCAACGCUUGAUAGACCAAAUAACAUGGGCAAAUGUAUUACAGUUGUCUUUUUUUCUCAUAAAAACAAACCACCGUUGUCCUUCAUUACUUGACAGAAUAGCUUCUGUGACUGUUGAAAAUAUAGACAAGAUCCACCCCUUUGAAAUCUAUUUUAUUCUCUUCCUUUUCUCUGCUCUUAAUUAUGAGCCUCCUGCCAAUGAAGAGUUCUUUGAGAGUUGUAUCCAACAUCUUACUUCUAACUUGAGUUGUUUUGGAACUCACCGCUUGGUGCUGCUUGGUCAUGUUUUGGCAGUGGCUGGGUAUUUUCCUCCAGUUCUGAUGACGAGGAUAUUUAAUGUUUCUUUCCUAAGCAAAUUGGAUGCUCAACUCGAAGUCCUGCCUGAUAUCCUAAAGCAGAGGGUCCGCUUGUGCCUCAUGAAAUUGAACAGAGCAGUCUGUCUGGAAUGCCCAGAGUUUCACAUCCCUUGGUUUCAUGAGCACUACUGCCAACGUGUCUUUUGUAACAGCAGUAGCCAAAUAAAUCCACUGCGACAGCAUGUUCACAGAAUGCUGACAGAGAUCUUAGGAGGGAGCCAUUAUGCAAGAAUGUCUGUUCUCACACCAUACUGCUAUGAAAUAGAUUUUGAGUGUGUUCUGGAUGAAAAUAAAAAGCCUCUUUCCUAUGUGGCUCAGAAUACACCUUUGGAUGAUGUGGAGGGAAUACACUUGACACAUGAUAUCAAGAAUAAAGGGAGAAAGGCUCUGCCACCAGGAGCUCAGAGAAUUGCUUUGGAAUUUCUUGAUUCAAAAGCUUUUAGCAAAGAUUCACAUCACCUGAAAGGAGAAUCUGCAUUGAAAAAACGACACCUGGAAAUGCUGGGGUACCGGGUAGUUCAGAUUCCUCACUUCGAAUGGAAUUCUAUGGUUUUGUCAACAAAAGGUGAACAGCUAGAAUAUCUGAGAAGGCAUCUAUAUGGAAUACAGUGAUGACAGAUAUGCAGUCAAAAGUAUUUUUUUAUACAAACACUUUAUGUACCAUUAAACUUCUUGUAAUCCUGGAA